UUGAAAUUCCUGCUGUUUUCUGCAGAAUAAAGCUCCACUCUGUGCGGGAAAAGAAGAUGGGGAAUAAACAAGCCCUGUAGUUCUAUUUUCUAAGGGUCCAAUUCUCCCUUUGCCUCUGGGGAUGAGACAUGCCACCGACAUUUCUCUGCCUCGCCAGGGCAUGGUAGGCCAUGCAGGAGCUGCUCACGGGGGCUCGCAGCUCUUUGCAAACAGCACCGUGUCUCUGAGCAAACCUUUGCUGCCAGCUGCUGCCCCUGCCUGCCACAUCAGCAAAGACUAAAGCUGACCAGAGGAGCAUCUGAUCGGGAAACGGGGUUUUCUGGGGUGUGGAAGAGGCAAUAUGCUGGAUCAGAUUCAUCUGCUGGCUGCUGUGACGGUUCUGGGUGUCCUGGAGCAAGCCUACUUCUUCCUCCAGGUGAUCUAUGCCAGGCGGAUGUUUGGCGUUUCUCCUCCAAAGAUCUCAGGCCCUCCUGAAUUUGAGAGGAUCUUUCGAGCACAGGUGAAUUCCUCUGAGUAUUUUCCCAUUUUCCUGGCACUUCUGUGGCAGGCUGGCCUCUUCUUCCAUCAAGGUCUGGCUGCGGCCUUGGGUCUGCUCUAUCUCUGCUCUCGCUACUGCUACUUCACAGGAUAUCGGGCAUCGUCGCUGGAAAGGCUCCCCGCCAUAUACUUCAGCACCGCGGUCCUCUGGGUCCUCAUGGCGGCGGCAGCCCUGGGCCUCUCGCAUUUCUUCCUCGCUCACUACGUGGGGCUGAACAUCCCGCGGCUCCUCCUGGCGUGACACCUGCCUCCGGCCCUCGCAGGCGUCCUCUCCUUGGAGUCCCGCUCCCCCUGGCCUCGCGGUACCAGGCUGGCCGGUGUUGCCCCUCGUGGCAAGUGCACCCUUGCCGGGGGUUUGGACACCUCCUCCCCUGCUGCUGAGCACUGGCAAGAAGCACCGAGAUGUUGGGGAGAUAUUUUCCCCCCACAGCACUAUUUGUGCCACGUGCUCCAUGUCUGGGUGACAGCUAAGCCAGGCAUUUGGCUGCAGCCACCUGCGGGCUGGGGCACAACGAGAGAGGCGAGGGGCGAACGGGGGUGCCCACGGACGUACCGACGGCUGGGCUGUGCCCAGCACCUGCCUGCGCAUCAGCAGCACCAGGGACGGUUCAGAGAGGCCUUUGCAAUUUUUGUUAGCUGUCGCCCCUGGGUGAUGCUGUAAAUCACACCCAGCAAACCUGUAACCACUACUGCACGUAUAAUUUUGAAUAUUGCUGAGCCGCAACAUGUAUGAGUGCUACAAUAAAGGGCACUAAGCUUGCUGUGCUUUUUCCCC